AUGGACCCAAUCUUGAAAACGCACAUUUCGGACCGUACGAAGGUGAAGACUGCCUUGACUCGUUUUAAGAAAUUUUUUGAAUCAUACGACCGCUCAACUUCGGUAACAGCACUGGAAAUUCAUUUGGGAAAAAUUUCGCAAUUGUAUGAAAAAUUUGAUGGGAUACAAUCGUUAAUAGAAGAUAUCGUAGAAGGAACCGAUCUCGAAGAAAAGAACGCGAACGAACGAGAAUCAUUUGAAACUUCGUAUUGUAAUAUAGUUGCCGCAGCAAAGGAUUAUAUUGCACAAACGCGAGUACAAAAUUUUGCGCACACGAACAUGUCAAAACAAAGUACCUCGUCUUCGGGAACUGAACCUCAAUUUCGUGUCAAAUUGCCUACGAUAGAAUUACCUACGUUCGAUGGGACGUACAGUUUGUGGUUAAAAUUCAAGGACACAUUCGAAUCAUUAAUCCAUAACAAUAAAGCUCUAGGUAAUAUUGAAAAAUUUCAUUAUUUAAAUUCCUCGUUAAAGGGCGACGCAGCUCGCGUAAUACAAUCGUUAGGAGUUUCUGAAUUAAAUUACGGUCUUGCAUGGAAAGCGUUAAAGGACAGAUUCGAGGAUCGCAAUACAAUCAAGCACGACCACAUCCGUACAUUAUGGGACUUGCCUGUAUUAACGAAAGAAUCUUACUCGGGACUUCGGCGGUUACUCGAUGAUAUGAAAAAUAGUUUACUCGCACUUAAUGCAUUAGGAGAACCAACAGAACAUUGGGAUAGUCUAAUUAUAUAUUUAUUAACGACGAAGUUAGACACUGUAACGAUACGUGAGUGGGAACAAAAACAAUCGAACAUUGCGAGUGAUGUUACAUUGCGGGAUAUGACCGACUUUUUAGAGAAGCAUUGUAAAUACCUUGAAAAAACUGCAAAGGCCAAGGUAGUACCGUCGAAUAAGAUUGCAAUAAUUAAUGAAACACGAAACACUCGGUUCAAGAAUGUAGCAGCACACGUUGCGAACACGCGGACAGAAUGUAUACUUUGCAAGGCUGAGCACCCGUUGUAUAAUUGCACUCAGUUUUUAAAAUUAUCUCCGGGCGACCGUAUUUCGAGGAUUCAGGAAUUGCGUGCAUGCUUUAAUUGUCUCCAACAAGGACAUAGAAAUAUGGAAUGUACGCGUGGAGGAUGUAGGAAAUGCUCAAAAAGGCAUCACACCCUCUUACAUUUAGACAGUGGUGCACAUAAACCAUCAGUAUCGACCAAUGUUUCACUCUCGCACAAACAAACACAAAAUGUAAAUACGGACACUGACACGAACCGUCCUAAAGAACAAAUCACUUCACAUACGUACAUUUCACAUUCAAGGGACAAUUGUACAAUGUUAUCCACUGCGGUAGUAUAUAUAACUGAUUGUAAGGGACAUAGGCAGAAAUGUCGAGUAUUGUUAGACUCAGGAUCUCAGUCUCACUUCAUCACUGACGCGCUGAUUAAAAAACUAGGACUUCCGUGUAGUACAACGAACAUUAGAGUUUCGGGAAUAGGAAAUUUAGCACGUAACUUACAAUAUCAAUCAUGCGUAAAAUUAACAUCAAGAUUCAAUGGAUUCACCACAUCAAUUUCAUGUCUAUUAUUACCGAAAAUAACCGGAAAUAUUCCAAGCACACACAUCGACUUAUCUGAUUUACCGAUUCCUGCACAUAUCAUGCUCGCGGACCCCCAUUUCCAUCAACCCGGGGAAAUCGAUAUGAUUAUCGGAGCAGGUAUGUUUUGGGACCUAUUGUGCAUCGGACGCCACUCUUUAGGACCGAACUACCCAUCAUUACAAAAGACACAGCUCGGGUGGAUUAUCAUUGGUAAUAUGACUCGCGCACAUCUUACAACACAAACACGAACCACGUGCCAUGUUGUAACGAAUCAACAGUUACAUAAUCAAGUAGCGGAUUUCUGGAAAAUUGAACAAUGUAUUGAUGAAGGACGUCUCAUCGACAAAAAUCAUUAUUGCGAGAAACAUUUCCUGUCAACUUCAACUCGGGAUAACGACGGACGACACGUGGUUGCAAUUCCCUUCAAGGAAGAGAUCAACGGACUAGGACAUUCGAGACAACAAGCAGAACGCCGACUACUUGCAUUGGAACGAAGGUUGACCAAACAACCGCAGAUUCAACAAGAAUAUAUUGCCUUUAUGAGGGAAUAUGAAGAACUUGGACACAUGACGGAACUAAACGAGGAGCAACGUGAAGAUGGAUUCUAUUUACCGCAUCACGCCAUCAUAAAGGAGAGCAGCAGCACCACAAAAUUGCGCGUAGUUUUUGAUGGAUCCGCAAAAACUACAUCUGGACUAUCCCUGAACGAUGUACAGAUGGCUGGGCCAGUGGUACAAGAGGAUCUACUGUCGAUUGUAUUACGUUUCCGCAAACAUCGGUAUGUUCUGUCAGCAGAUAUCGCGAAAAUGUAUCGCCAAAUACGAGUACGUAAGGAAGAUCGUCGCUUCCAAAAAAUAGUAUGGCGAGAAAAUAGUACCUUGCCAAUUAAAACGUAUGAAUUAAAUACUGUGACGUAUGGGACAACAUCCGCACCUUUCCUGGCGACCAGAACCUUGCAAUGCAUUGGAGAAAUUUAUGCAGAAGAUUCUCCAGCCGCCAGUCGUAUAAUCUUGGAAGAUUUCUACGUAGACGAUCUUUUGACUGGCACGGACUGUUUAGAAGAAGCGAUCAAAUUAAAAAAUGACGUAUCAUCUAUCCUGGCAACAUCGGGUUUUGAACUCCGGAAAUGGGCAACGAACGAGUCGCGUAUUUUGAAUCCAUCGGAUGGAAUACAAUCCCACGUACACAUUACAUCCGACAAGGAGAUAAAAACGCUCGGACUUCUCUGGGAAUCGCAGAUGGACAUACUGCGAUUCUUAGUGCAAAAACCAUUUGAACAUCGUGUCACAAAACGAACAAUAUUAUCGGACAUUUCCCAGAUUUUUGACCCCCUCGGACUGAUUGGGCCAGCUACUAUUCAAGCCAAAAUAUUAUUACAAGAACUAUGGCAGCUACAAGUUUCCUGGGAUGAAUCAUUGCCCCAACAUCUCCAUUCACGAUGGACAACAUUUCGCGAGGAGCUUGGGUCAAUAAAUAACAUUAUUAUUCCUCGUCAUGUAUUAGCUGCAGAAGCUGAGAAAAUUGAAUUGCAUGGGUUUUGUGACGCGUCCCAGAAGGCCUACGGAGCCUGUCUUUAUCUGCGGACGUUCAACAACGGACAAUGGACCACUAAGUUAAUAUGUGCAAAAUCACGCGUAGCUCCAUUAAAGGUAAUCACUCUCCCAAGAUUAGAACUAUGUGGAGCAGUACUGCUGGCACGACUUACAAGAAAGGUGCGGCAAGCGUUACGAUUAUCCUGCGACGAGUACUACUGGUGUGAUUCUACGAUCACGCUUGCAUGGCUCAAAUCAUCACCCAGUAAAUGGAAGACAUUCGUGGCCAACAGGACGUCUGAAAUCCAGGAACUAUCUCGCGGAAUUUGGAUGUAUGUGCAAUCAAAGGAAAAUCCUGCGGACAUCAUAUCGCGUGGAGUCAACCCUUCGUCACUUGUUUCGGCAACCCUUUGGUGGAACGGACCUUCAUGGCUAGAAAGGGACACAGCUACCUGGCCAGCAAUAGAACCACAUACAACUGAAACACCAGACGUUAACGAAGUACAGUGUGCAUUCAUUGCAGUAAAAAAGGAACAUUUAUUCGAACGAUUUUCGUCAUUCACGCGACUCCUACGCACGAUCACAUAUUGUCUACGGUUUGUAAAAAACGUAAGAAUCCGUAUUCAUAAUCGCAUCAAGGUAGUGAAUAGGUCAGAAGAUACUACCAGUGUACACACGGGUUACCUUUCAGUAAAGGAAUUGAACGAUAUCGAAAUCCGUCUUCUUCAAAUUACACAAUCAGAUUGUUUUCUGGAGGAACUUAAGAAAUUAAGGACUGGGCAAGCGCUCCCAAAAUCCAGUACACUACGAUCUUUGAAUCCAUUUCUCGAUGAAACUGGACUGAUCAGGGUGGGCGGUAGAUUGAAAGAAGCCCAGCUUCCCUUUAAUCAACGACAUCCCGUCAUACUGCCAUCGAAACAUCAUCUUACAAAACUUCUAGUCGCACAUGAACAUUUAAGGUUAUUGCACGCAGGCUGUCAAGCGACUCUAUCGUCGUUACGCAGACGAUAUUGGCCGCUUUCAGGUAAAAUUCUUAUAAAAAACACAAUACGAAAUUGCGUUCGAUGCUUCAGGACUAAACCCGUGACUCAAGAAUACCUGAUGGGGAAUUUACCUGCCGUACGAAUUAUCCCAACGCGCCCAUUUUCUGUAUGCGGCGUGGAUUAUGCAGGCCCGGUAUUCAUAAAGGAAAAAAUACGUACGAGGGUCACAUCGAAGGCCUACUUGUGUAUUUUUGUCUGUUUCGUGACAAAGGCAAUUCAUUUAGAGCUAGCUAUAGAUUUAAGUACCGAUGCAUUCUUAAAUGUCUUGCGACGAUUUAUUUCCCGCCGAGGACUAUGCCGCAGUCUAUACUCCGACAAUGGAACCAAUUUCAUCGGCGCGCGCAACGAACUUCUCGAAUUAGGCACACUUUUAAGGGACAGUAAACACAAUGAACGGGUAACCAAAUUUUUAAGUGAUAAUCAAAUUGAAUGGCACUUAAUUCCGCCUCGCGCUCCUCAUUUUGGUGGAUUAUGGGAAGGAGCAGUAAAGGCCACGAAAUUCCAUUUGAAGCGCGUUAUCGGUGAUACGAAACUUACGUACGAAGAAUUGUAUACGCUGUUAACACAAGUAGAGGCAUGUUUGAACUCCCGACCCCUAUAUCCUUUAUCCGACGAUCCUACUGAUUUAUCUCCAUUGACACCUGGACAUUUCCUUAUUGGUGACACGUUGAAUGCGCUCCCUGGCCCUGAUAUUCGACACAUCCCAGAAAAUCGACUUAAUCGCUACCAGCACAUUCAAAGAAUGUUACAGCAUUUUUGGCAACGAUGGAACACAGAAUAUCUCCACCAAUUACAACAACGGACCAAGUGGCAGACAGCAUCCCCCUCUCCGCUCGCACCAGGGACAUUGGUUGUUGUGAAGGAGGAUAAUUGUCCACCACUGAAAUGGAGAAUGGGACGGAUCACCGAACUUCAUCCAGGGAAAGAUACGAUUACAAGAGUCGUAUCAGUUAAGGUCUCCGAUGGGAUUGUAAAACGCCCAGUAACAAAAAUUUGUAUCUUACCUAUAGACACUGAUAACGAAACAGUACCGGGACAAGAAUAG